AUGGAUGUUACCGUUACCAAAGUCGUGAUCUCUGUGGACCAUAAUGUGUUUAGCAUCGAGUUGGCGUUCAACAUACUCCAGAGGAAAGUGUUCGCCGACAAUAAAUUGAACGUAUUUAUUUUAACUCUAGACGUGGACGAAGUAAAAGGAACGGCUGAACAUAUUAAAAAUUGUUGUUUCUCCAACCUGAAUGAAUUAAUCGUGACCGGAGAUUGCCACGAUGCGUUCCGGAAGGCCGACUAUCUCCUGAUAAUGACCGAUUUGAACGCGCCGGAUAGGAAAGUUUUCGAAUACGUCCAAAACUUAGAGCAUGUUUUCAAAAAGGCCAAAUCGUUCGAUCGACUGGCCAAUCCAGAUGCCAGGAUCGUCGCGAUGGGACCGUGCUCCAACACGUGGUUACAGAUUUUCGCAGAAGUCGCGACACGCCUGCAAAAGUGCAACUUUACCGGUUUGUCUAGACAUCACGUGAGUAAAGCGUUGGGGCUCAUCUCACGAAAACUCGACGUAAGUUGA